GGGGGGUGGUGGUCAUUGCCUUGAUUUCAUAGUGUUUUGGCAUAGAAUUUUAGGAAUUAUUGCCAUAUAAGAAUACACUUUCCAUCAGAAAACUAAGCAACCUCAUUCUUUGCAGCUCCUGCCAUGGAGGUGGUAAAGAGCCUGGCAGCCCUGCUGAAGGAUUCAACAGCUUCUCUCAUUGAGAAGGAGGAGGAUCAUGUCCAGCCAGCCUUCCCUGUGAUGCAAGUCAGGGGAGGGGCCUCAAGUUCACCACUCACAGUGGUGCUGGAGGACUGCUCUUUCGAGGUAACGGACAUUGUGGCCGGUAUUGCGCUCAUUCUUGCGCUAUACUGGGUCCAUGACAUUUCCUGCUGUCCAAAAGCAUCCUGGUCACUUGCUGUGAUUGGCAACUUCAUUGGCUUGACCUACAAGACCAAGUCAUUCUUGGUACUAGAUUUAAUUUCAAAACUGGAAGAUUGAGAUCUUAAAUGAGUGUAUUUUUUUACAUGUACAUUAAAAUCUGUUUUUUUAACGAG